AUGGAAGGAAGGAAGCAACCAUUUCACAACCCUACUCCUCAGUCUAUGGGUAUGUUUGCUGAUAAGAAUUUGUUCCUGUGGACUCUUUGCUCAGUAUUGCUGCCUGUGUUGAUCACCUUGUGGUGUAGUUUCCAGAGAUCCCGGAGGCAGCUUUACCAGAAGGACAUUUUCCGAAAGAGCAAACACAACUGGCAGGAUACAGAUCUUUUCAGCCAACCAACCUACUGCUGUGUGUGCACCCAGCACAUCCUCCAGGGUGCUUUUUGUAACUGUUGUGGGCUGUGCACUGGUGAAGAUUGCCUCAAGAAAGCAGAUCGCCAAUUCCAGUGCAAAGAGAUCAUGCUUAAAAGUGAUGAAAUGGUCCAGGACUGCAUGCCUCACCACUGGAUCCGAGGCAAUGUACCUCUCUGCAGUUACUGUGUUGUUUGCAAGCAGCAGUGUGGUAACCAACCCAAGCUCUGCGAUUACAGGUGCAUUUGGUGUCAACAGACAGUACAUGAUGAUUGUAUGGAAAGUAGCCUAAAGAAUGAAAAGUGUGAUUUUGGAGAAUUCAGAAGCCUCAUCAUUCCUCCAAGCUAUUUGAAUGCCAUCAAUCAGAUGCGUAAAAAUAAAAAAACUGAUUAUGGAAAGCUACCCUCACCUGUUGGAAAUCAGUGGACCCCAAUAAUCAUCCUAGUCAAUACUCGUAGUGGAAAUAACAUGGGACAGAUCUUACUGGGAGAAUUUAAGAUUCUUUUAAACCCAGUCCAGGUUUUUGAUCUGACCAAAGUUCCCCCCAUCAAGGCCUUACAGCUUUGCAGUCUACUUCCUGACAAUUCUGUUCAAGUGCUUGUGUGUGGUGGAGAUGGCACUGUGGGCUGGGUCCUGGAUGCGAUCGAUCAGAUGAAGAUCAAGGGUCAAGAAAGGCACAUUCCACAAGUCGCAGUCUUGCCUCUAGGAACAGGCAAUGAUCUGGCCAAUACAAUGGGUUGGGGUGCAGGUUAUGCUGGUGAAGUUCCGGUGGAACAGAUCUUAAGAAAUGUAAUGGAAGCAGAUAGAAUUGAACUUGAUCGGUGGAAAGUCCAAGUAACGAAGAAAGGAUAUUACAAUUUAACAAAACCAAAGGUGUUCACAAUGAACAACUAUUUUUCUAUUGGACCUGAUGCUCUGAUGGCUCUAAAUUUUCAUGCUCACCGUGAGAAGACGCCAUCCCUGUUUUCUAGCAGAAUUAUUAAUAAGGCUGUUUAUUUAUUCUAUGGAACCAAAGAUUGUUUAGUACAAGAAUGUAAAGAUCUGAAUAAAAAAGUUCAGCUAGAGUUGGACGGUGAGCAAGUAAAUCUGCCUAAUUUGGAAGGAAUCAUAGUUCUCAAUAUUGGAUACUGGGGAGGUGGCUGCAGACUGUGGGAAGGAAUGGGAGAUGAGACUUAUCCUCUAGCCAGUCAUGAUGAUGGGCUAUUGGAAGUAGUUGGUGUGUAUGGGUCUUUCCACUGCGCUCAGAUUCAAGUGAAAUUGGCUAAUCCUGUCCGAAUAGGUCAGGCACAUACGGUUCGGUUGAUCUUGAAGAGCUCAAAGAUGCCAAUGCAGGUAGAUGGAGAGCCUUGGGCCCAAGGGCCCUGCAUAGUUACCAUAACUCAUAAAACACAUGCUAAGAUGUUGUCUUAUACUCGGGAACAAACUGAUGACGAUGCCUCCAGCACAUCUGAGCAGGAGCACACCCGAGAAACUGAACAGACUGAUGAAGACAUCUAA